CGUGCGGGGCCUGAGCCUCUCCGCCGGCGCAGGCUCCCUCGCGACAGCUCGCUCCCGCCGCCAUGUCGGCUGCUAUCGAACGGGAGUUUGAGGAGUUAGACGCUCAGAAUCGCUGGCAGCAGCUGUACCUGGAAAUUCGCAGUGAGUCCCAUGACUAUCCUCAUAGAGUGGCCAAGUUCCCUGAAAACAGAAAUCGAAACAGAUACAGAGAUGUGAGCCCAUAUGAUCACAGUCGUGUUAAACUGCAGAAUGCUGAAAAUGAUUAUAUCAAUGCCAGCUUAGUUGACAUAGAGGAGGCACAGAGGAGCUACAUCUUAACCCAGGGUCCACUUCCUAAUACAUGUUGUCAUUUCUGGCUCAUGGUUUGGCAGCAAAAGACCAAAGCAGUUGUCAUGCUAAACCGAAUUGUGGAGAAAGAAUCGGUUAAAUGUGCACAGUACUGGCCUACAAAAGAUGACCGGGAGAUGCUGUUUAAGGAAACAGGCUUCAAUGUGAAGUUCCUGUCAGAGGACGUGAAGUCCUAUUACACGGUCCAUCUGUUGCAGUUAGGAAACACCAGGACUGGUGAAACCAGAACAAUAUCUCACUUUCAUUAUACUACCUGGCCAGAUUUUGGAGUCCCUGAAUCACCAGCUUCGUUUCUCAAUUUCUUAUUCAAAGUGCGGGAAUCUGGCUCCUUGAACCCUGAGCACGGGCCUGCGGUGAUCCACUGCAGUGCCGGCAUUGGGCGGUCGGGCACCUUUUCUCUGGUGGACAGCUGCCUUGUUCUGAUAGAAAAAGGAGACAAUAUUAACAUUAAGCAACUGUUACUGAAUAUGAGAAAAUACCGAAUGGGGCUGAUUCAGACUCCAGAUCAGCUCAGAUUUUCCUACAUGACGAUAAUAGAAGGAGCAAAGUUUAUAAAAGGAGACUCAAGUAUACAGAAACGUUGGAAAGAACUUUCUAAGGAAGACGUAUGUCCUGUUUUUGAUCAUUCACCAACCAAAAUAAUGACUGAAAAAUACAAUGGGAACAGGAUAGGCCUAGAAGAGGAAAAACUGACAGGAGACAGAUACUCAAGUCUGUCCUCUAAAACACAGGAAACUCUGGAGGAGAACAGCGAGAGUGCUCUUCGCAAGCGCCUCCGGGAGGACAGGAAGGCCAGCACUGCCCAGAAGGUGCAGCAGAUGAAGCAGAGGCUGAGCGAGACUGAGCGCAAGAGGAAAAGGUGGUUAUAUUGGCAACCUAUUCUCACUAAGAUGGGGUUUGUGUCAGUCAUUCUGGUUGGCGCUUUUGUUGGCUGGACACUGUUUCUUCAGCAGAACGCCCUAUAAGUAACUAAUUCUGCCCCGCAAGCUUCGGCCCUAGCUGCUGACAGUGUUGCGUGAGUCACAGAGUUGGUCUGUGACUCCUCACAGACUUCUCACCCACAGAGAAGUGUGGUGUCUGGUCCCCCCAGCACCCCAGGGCACUGCCCACACUACCCGCGCCCCCCCCCCCCAAGUAAAGACUUGAAUGAUUCUUAAGAACUGGUACAUUUUCCACUGUGUUCAUACAUGCUAAGUGUAAUAUUCACCUGACCAGACUGAGAAAUCCUUUAUCAUAAGGGUUCAUUUUUGGAGGCUGUCUGGAUUUUAACCUGCACUUGAUAUAAGCAAUAAAUAUUGUGGUUUUAUCGACAUUAUUAUUGGAGAGAAAAUGACCUUUAAGUAAUGCGUGUAAUGUAUAAUGUACUGUUGACAUGGGCAUCAACAUUUUAUAUUCUUAACCAUUUCAGGGUAAAUAUAUUUUAUAAGUACCUAUUUAAUCUUACUUUUGUAGUUAAAUGUACUUUUUAAAAGCUCAAUUUGAAAAAAUCUGUUACCAUAAAAAUAAUAAUAAAUUGUAUGUUGAUUCAAUUGUACUGGAUACGUUUUCCUAAAGAGAAGUUUGAUAUGAGCAGGUAGAGCUCUGAAUAAGUAAUUUUUACUAUAUAUUUGCAUUUCUUUUAUGUUUUACAGUCUUCCCAAUUUUAAAAAGAAAAACAAACAAAGAAACAAAAAUUUUCUCUAAAAAUAUCUUUGAAAGAAGGUUCUCCUUACUGGCGUAGUCAGGUAACAGUUGGUCAAGACUUUGUAAAGAAACUGGUUUCUGUAAAGCCCAUUAUUAAUACUGUUUAUCUUUCAGGAAAAUUUCAAUGUAAUUACCCUAAGUUAUAAUUGGGGUAAAUCAUGAUUUAGGAAAUCAAAAUAAGGAGCAGCAUUUUAUUAUCCAUGAUUUCCAUUUAUUUGACUGAAGUUUUGCAGUAAAAAUAAUUUUCAAGUUCUUUCUACUCAAUAAAUAGUAUAAUGAUGUUCAAACUUCACACUGUCCCUUUAACUUCUUAAUGAGUAUUUUUAAAGCAUAUUGUUUAAUGAAUUUAACUGCUCAUUUGAGUUCUGGUGUUUUAACUUGUUUUAUUUAAACUUUAGGUGUUAUAAAUUUAGUUGCUGAAAUAAUGAAAUCACAUUAUUUAGGUGGUUUCAAACAAUGCUGGUGGGAUAUCUAAGGGGUCACCAGGAAGGGAUAAGGGGGACGCUGAACUUCCAACCAGGCGUCUCUGCUUUAUCCACUUUACAGGGUAAGAUUGCUGCACCAGGCUGAAUUAUUUUCAGAGAGCAGUUACCAUUUAAACAACAGUUUGAAAAAUGUCAGUAUAGAUAGACUUUUGAGUGGGUUUGAAUAGCCUUCUAAGAGUGUGAGAGCAGGACACAUGUGGUGCUCUGUGUGGAGGACAGUUGCGUCUGGAGCACGCCCUGCUCAGCACCACUGCGCCCCGUUAGCUUUACACUGAAGGAGGUGAGAGGGACAUUUCUGUGUCUGCCUGCUUGACACCUGUGUUCAGGCACCAAGGUCCUUACGUUUUAGGUCAUUAUUGGUUUAAAAUCUUUCUUUCCAAUUUGCCUUGGUUUAUUUUUGCUAAAAUACAGUAAUUACUAUGCAAGUCAAAUACAGGUAGACCUGUUCAAUUCCAACUGCAGGUAGCCUUGCUUUCAGUAAAAGUAAAGUAAAAAGACUUCAUGGGAAACACAAGCUGGUAAUGGUGCCCUUGUUCCCAGGCAGAGCAGGACGGCUGCUUUGUGGGGUUCAGUGCUUCAGCUUUGCUCUCUGUCUGCUUUCUGUCCUUCUGGAGCUGUGUGUCCUAAUGUAUUCUUCAAGUCACAUCCAGGGCAACAGACCCUUGUUAAUCAACUUCUGCAUAGGUUAGUUGUCUUCCUCCUCUUGGCAAAUCCUUGAGGCGAGCAUGUCGGUUUUUACCAGGAGUCGUGUUUUUUACCAUUUGCUGUGAGUGGGUGGCGAGGUGCCUGACCUUUAUUAGAGAAGGUGUCUGGUUGAGGGAGGGCGGACAGGCGGGGUCCUGGCCUUAGGUAACAGCUGCAGGGGUCAGCGGCCACAGUGGUCUGCGUCUUCCCAGGACAUGGUCUUGAUGGUGUUUCCUAAUUAGAACAGAUGCUGAACAUCAGUUCUAUGUUUGACUUUGCUGAGGUGAUAUUUUCUUAAUUAAAAAAAGCUAUAAGUUUUAUUAUUUUUAAGAAAGAAUAUUUGCAUUAAUACCUGGUUCAUUUUGUGUUCGUGUCUGUUUCUGCUCGUAAGCAGGCAGCCCUGAUUCAGAGCUAUCUUCUCCGGUUGCACCAUGGGCUCCAACCUUGUGUCCACGUUCAUCCGAGCACUUUAUGUCAUCCUCCUGCUGGUUUUUAUCUAUAAUUGCACGUGUGGAAUAUCCACAAACCCAAUUCUCUGUAUUUAGUGGGUCCAUAUGUAUCUUAAUGUGAAAAUGCAGAGAGGACUAUAGUGACACAGACCGUUUCUUGUGUUUAGAGAGCAAUUUUGUAUUUGUCCUUUUUUCUCUUUGGUCUUUUUGGUCCAUUUAUGUAUUGGUAUUUCUACCAAGGAAUGAACAAAAAAAGAAAAAGGAAGUAAAGUUGAUUCUUUUUUAAUAUAGCUCUGCCUAACAGGUGUAUCAGAGGAAGGAAUUGUGAUUCAAAUUAUUAAUUUUAUGUACACUUGUGCAUGUCCCCUUUGUUUCAGAUAAACUAGAAUUGAUGGUUUGAAUCAAAAAACACCUGUUAGUUUAAGAGGCAGUUUCUGAUGCAGAGCCCUCCUUCUGCUUUCAUCAGUUCCACCUUUGCUUUCAGGGUUCUUGGCAGUGACGGUUGUUCCCAUUUAGUGGUGGUUUCCGCUGCUCUGGGCUCUGUGUUUCCGAGUGUUCUCUGUUGACCUCCAGCUGAUGCAGGUGUUGGGGUCACUGAACCAGUCACCUGAGACUUGACUUUCCCACUGUCUCUCCUGGUCCUCGUGCUGAAGAAUCCAGUGUGUUAGAAUUGAAUUCUCAGAGAAAGGUGUAACUCUGCAAGUCGCUUCUCUCUUAGAAGAAUGUCUCAGACUAGAUUCUGUGUGAGCCAACACAGGCCAGACCUGAUGACUGGAAAUCUUGUAGUGACCACUGUAAAGUCUAGGGAAGGCACUUCUGAAGUGCCUGCCUGGUUAUUAUACAGGGGUUUUUAUUUAUUUUUUUUACAUUUUAUUUAUUAAUUUUUAGUAUGUGGGAUCUUAGUUCCCCAACCACGGAUCAAACCUGUGCCCCCUGCAUUGGAAGCUCACAGUCUUAACCACUGGACCACCAGGAAAGUCCCCUGUACAGGUUUUAGGAUCUUGCUGCCUUGAUUUUUACUUUCAGACACAGUCUUACAGACACUUUGUAAAUGUAGCUCACUGUAAGUCGAAUGCUGCUGUGCGUGUCAUCCACUUUUCCUGAGUCCAGGCAAGAGUGUAGGAGUCACGCUGUCUGUCAGUGCUGACUGGUUUCUGAUUUUGGCAGGUUGGAGAGGGGCUGUCAGUGGGUAUGAAGCAUAGGUGUGAGCAGGAGCAGUGAGUCUGGGCCCCCGUCCCCACGUCACAGCUGUUUACAUCUCUCACGUCAGGAAGUUCUUGUUUGGCUUUGACUUGUUUAGAUGAUGGGGUGCAGCAUCUUCUAAACGCAAUUUUGAAAAACAGAAAUUAGUAAUUUUUUACAUAAUAAUAUGCAGUCAUCCUGGCUCACUGAAAAUACAGGUCUUGUCUUCCCUGGAUGAUGUAUUCUGGAGCUUUCCCCAAGUUCGCUGAUUUGAAUUUGAGGCUGCUCUCCCUCACAUCUGUCUUCAGAGCCUUGUUUCUGGGCCAGCGGCACCACAGCUCCCGCAGCAAUGGACGAGUCAGAAAGGCCAGGCGUCCUCUGUGCUCCUGGGUGUGUGUACGUGCUGUCCCAUCACAGACGGUGCCUGGGCGAGUGGUGACUCAGCCAGAGGCUUUAUCAGGAACAGCCUGACCAUGGACAUUCUCCAGCGCCCUCACAAGCUCUGUGCGGUCCAGUGGGAGAAUGAACAGUUCAGUCAUUGGAACUCUUUCUGUUUUGGUUUUGUAAUUUAGAGUGGAAUAUGGGACUUAGGGGACUCAGGGCAGAUAUCACUUGCAGAAUCUAAUACUUUCUGGUUUUCCACCACAUAGUGUGUUUGGGGAACUGUAAGGAGAGUGGCUGGGAGUUUUUAUCUUUAUGGAGACUGUUUCCCACCCCGCCCCCAAAGAAAAACAUCAGUUCUUUACUGUUGCUUUCAUUUGGUAUAGAUUUUUUGGACAUAUAAUGACAAAUUACUGGUAUAAAAAACCUGAAGUUAUUUUGAGUUUGGUGAAUUCAGGAGAGGGAAACUGGGCAAGCUAAUCUUGUCUGUAAGGCAGUGAGUGCCUUGCUCACCCCAGAGGAGUGUCUGUGACUCUUUUCAGUGAAACAUGAGUUUGAGCAUCUGGUGACUGGAAUUACUUUGGGUGCACUUGACUUUGUUCCUUUAGGUGUGGAGCUGGCCCCUGUUGAGACCUUAAGUUGUUCUACUAGUGGAGUUGUUCAUCUAGUGGAGUGUGUCUUUAAUGCACUGCCGGUUGUGUCAGUCAGUUUAAAUACAUCUCCCCUACAUACACACACACUCCACCUCUCCUAAACACAUACACACUCCACCUCUCCUAAAUACACACACAUACACCCUGAGUCGGAGAACCAGCAACUUGCCUGCGGCUGUACAUCUAGUUCAUGUCAGAGCUGAGACAUGGAUUCCCAUCUGUAGAAUUCCAGUGACUCCGGAUCUCAUACUUUCCCAUUAUGUCUCACUGGGCCUGUUUUUAUGGAAUAUUUACAUAGAACAUUAGACAGCUACUUUUGCCCGUUGAAACCUGAAAUAACCCUCUUUUUAUGGUUCAAGUGAAACAAACGUUUUUCCCUCCAAAAAACUUUGUGGAGCAGUUUGAACUACUGCUGAUCCAGAGGAAUCCUGGAAAUAAUACUACCCUGUGACUCAAACCAUGGUUCCAUUCACUCUGACUGAUGGGCUUUGUUCUUUUGCUUUCAUGAGGGGGCUUCUGAAGGUGUGGGGAACACUUCGUAUUUGCAACAGUCAAGGUUGAUCAGGAGCUCCUUUUCUUAUGUCACCCACUUUGGUUCAGGGUUUGGUUUUGUUUCGCUUCCCCGCAGGAAGCACCCGUUGUGUUUCUGUGCCCACAGGCAUCUAACGAGAAUGUUCCCUUGGUGUCUGGACAUUUCUGUGUCGGUGCUGGAAACCUGACACCAAGGAGCCAGCACUCAGGAAGAAGCCAACUCGCAGUGUUGGGGGUUUUGAUGGAACGUUUUGGAUAAAAGUGUGGGUGCAGUUUAUGUCUUCUGUUUAUAUACGUGGGGACACAGUAAUAACAGGUAUCGAGAUCUGGGCUGGUUUUUUGUUUUUUUUUUUUUGUCAUAGCAGAGGAAGUUGGGGAAAACCAGUUACCACCUCAGAAAUUCAGCUGUUUGCAAAUAUUGUGAAAUAACAUUAAAAUCUCAGUUGCCCUUAAAUUAGUUAUUUCAUCUCUAUCGCUUGUUGAAACUCUCAUUUAUCUUUACUUUUUGGCAUUAAAAUACAAUAAAUCUAUCAAUUAUUUCAUGUCUGUGUUUUCUUUUAAUACUUAAAUCAUGUCACUUCAGUUCUGCAUUGCUGUGAUCAUUAGUGUUAUCCUUCAGGACAAAAAGCACGCUGCUCACAGUCCGUGAGUUAAAGGUAUAAGACAACUUUAUGUUCAGACGUUACAUUCAUUAAUAUUUUUAGCAGUAUGAUACAUUGGAGGUCCAAAUUGGAUUAGACUUUUGCAUUGAAUUCCAAAGUAUUGGUAAGUCUAGCACAUACCAUAUAAUCUUGCUGAACUGUUGUGGGUACAUUUUUUUUUAACCUGUCUGUCCGUCAGUAUCGCUCACAUGGAGGUCAUUUCUUGAGUAAUACAGGAUGACCUACAAAAUUCAUAGUUAGUUAUUCUUGUAAAAGACUUGAGUUAUGGUGCUUUAACAUAAGUCUGCCUCACACCACCAGUUCUGUUUGAAGAGCAAGCACAUAAGCAGCUUUACCAAGAUAACAGUGAAGCAUUCAGUGUAGUUGAGUGUGAUGUGUUGGAAAUUUUUUUUUUUUUGCCUUUUUAGUUCAUUGUUAGUCCUUUUAUGUGUGUGUGUGUCUAUGUACGUCUGUGUGUUUGGUAAAUAUGAAUUGAAUAGAUGACUUCUUAUUUUAUGUUUUAGGCCAAGAUUGACAGACACCUAAAUAUUCAUGCCUUGAGAAUAUUCUGCAGCUAUAAGUUUUGAACCAUUGAUGUGCAAAACAAGACCUGAAGCCCACUCCGGAAUCUCAGUGAGGCUUGAUAAGCCUGUAGAUUGCCUCACAUGUGUCUGUUUACAAAGUAAACCUUACAUCCAGGGAGCGAAGAGCGCCACCAGCGGAAGACUGUGCAGAAGCCUCUAAUUCAGUGCAUUGUUAAGUUUUCUAAUGCGUGUGUGAAAUGUAGAAAGAUGUAAAAGAAAUAAAUUAGGAGAGACUACUUUGUAUUGUACUGCCAUUCCUACUGUAUUUUUAUACCUUUUGGCAGCAUUAAAUAUUUUUAUUAAAUAGACAA